AUGACAGCAGAAUACGUAUGUCAACUUAAAUUAGUGCUACUAGGUGAAUCUUCGGUUGGAAAAUCUUCGAUUGUUACCAGGUUCACUACUGGGGAAUUUCAUAAGAACCAAGCCACUAUUGGAGCGGCUUUCACCACAAGGACGAUAUCAUGGAAAGAGAAUCCUACAAACCGAAGUUCAGAAGAACUAAUAACCAAGUCUGUGAAUUUUGAAAUAUGGGAUACAGCAGGGCAAGAACGGUAUAGGUCUUUGGCUCCGAUGUAUUACAGGAACACAGACGUGGCUUUGAUUGUUUUUGAUAUUACGGAUGAGUCUAGCCUUGAGAAAGCUCAGUCAUGGAUUGAUGAGUUAAACACAUAUGUCGAUGAGUCUCGACAAAAACAAAUUGUUAUUAAAAUAGUAGGUAAUAAGAUGGAUUUGAAAGACUCUAAGUUCGUGAAGGGGGGUUGGAAAACUGUGUCUCUCGUCUCCGCCAAGUCUGGUGAAGGGAUUGAAGACUUGUUUAUGUGUAUUGCUAAGGAAGUCCCGAAGGAAAAGUUUUUGGUGAAAGAAGUUGUGAAUAAGAAGCCAAAAAAUAUUCUGAACUUACUUGGUACUACUAGUAGUAAUGAUCGUUGUAAUUGUUGA